UAAUUGUCUCACUCAGUGCAUUUCUCUGUUCAUCAUGGAAAUGGACCACAUCUAUGGAAAUGUAUGUGCGGAUAACACUGAGAGCUACAAAGCCUCUCAGGACACCAUAAAGGUCAGCAGAAAAGCCCUAAUUGUUCUUCUGAUAAGUGGAGUGAUUCUGCUGCUUGGUGUGGCAGUUCUUGGUACAUUGACAUACCAAUAUGCAAGUAAACUAAGUGAUGAACAAAAGAAGUUUGCUCUGCUGGAUGCUCAACAUAACAAUAUAUCAGCUGAUUUGAAUAACACCGCUGAAUGCAGUUGUAGGACUUGUCCUGAGGGAUGGAUGCAUCACAGAGGAAAGUGCUACCUGUUCUCCUCUUCAGAAAUGAACUGGGAGGGAAGUCGAGACCACUGCAUCACCUUAGGGGGUCACCUAGUCAUAGUGAAUAAUCAAGAGGAGCAGGUAAAGUGGACUACAUGUGUGAACAUCUGA